AUGUCCAAUAAUAGUAAUUCUAAUGCUAGUACUUUUUUACAUUCUACAGCUCCGAUACCUUGGAAUUUUCAUUCGACCGACAUGAUGGACCAAUGCAACUAUGCAAGUCCUCUCUUCAUUUCCCGAAUCAACAAAAUACCUCCUUCUAAUUUCUACAGAAUUUACUUGUUGGGAACAAUAUUUGGAUUGGGAAUCAUUCUCUAUGUCACUGCUUUUGCACUCGUGAUUAUUCGGAGGAACAAGUCUCCACUUCGGGAUCGUUCUGUAUCGCUGCUAUUGAUCUCUGGAAUUAGUGGAGCUUUAGGACUUGCCUACAUGUAUUCACGACUGUAUUUUGAUUUGAUUUUAGUUUGUCCCAUCACUUACUAUAUGGUGGGAUUAGUUCAAUUUUCAUAUUUUCUUCCCUACUUGUUUCGUUGUUUUCGAACAAUCAUGCAAUAUAAAUUAGCUCAAGCACAAGCAGCCAUCAUGGAAGAACAGGAAAUUUCUGCAGAGGAGGAUAAUAUUCAUGUGAGGGAUUUGAAUAGUUAUUAUUAUAGAAUGGAAUCGAUGGAGAGUGGAAAUCGGUCAAGAAGAAGACGAAGGAGAAAUAGAGAUAUUCGUGACAAUACCUUUCUCGCAAGUGACAAUAGCAAUGACUUGAAUAUUGUUGAAAGGCCAUUGAAUUACGACUUUUUGUCGUCAAAAAAGAGAAUUACACAGGGCAACAUGAUUUCCGAAUUGGCCAAGAAUGAAAAAUAUUCUCGUCUCAUUAGUAGUCAAUAUUAUUUCUCUGAGGGCUUUCUUCUCAUAGUGAUGACCAUCAUUCUCAUCGUAUGGGCAAUGAUUAUAUUUAUGGCACACAUGAUACUCAUGUUUGGAUUUAGUUUUAUUAAUCCAGUUUGUCAAAAGAGGUGCAAUGAAGAUGAGGGUAUGGCCUUGCGAGUAUUCGUUUGUGUCACCAUUAUUCUCAUUAUUCCAUUUGCAUUUUUAUUGUUCAAAAUGAGGAAAGUGAAUGAUGAUUUUUCGAUUCGAAAAGAAAUGAUGGUCAUGCUAUUCUUUAGUAUUAUUGUAGUGGCCAUUCCUUUAAUUGUAUUAUUAGCACUUCCUGGACAGUUUUGGCCUGAUCAACCUACAAUUGGAUAUUUUCUGGGCAUUGAGGUUGUAGGAAGUUUUAUUAUUUCAAUUAUUUAUCCUCUGAGUUCAACAUGGGUUCGAGAUAUUGACUUGUCGAAUAUUUUCAAGAGAUGGAAGCAAGGAGUGAAGAAGAAUUCUGAUCACAUGCACAUUUCCACUGCAAAUAUGAGUUUAAAUCAACCCCUCGAUUCAACUCUGGCUGAAAAUGCCAUUCCAUUCUAUGAAAAAUUCGAAUUUUAUUUACAAAACAACGAUGCAAGGGAGGUUUUCAAACAAUUCCUAGUGAGAGAAUUGCACGUGGAGAGUCUCAUGUUUGUCACUGAAGUGCAGUAUUUUAAGAGUUUGGAUCAGGAGGAUGAAUUAUUGGGAGAGAUUGCGAAAACUCUUUUUGCAACCUAUGUCAGAGAUGGAGCACCUUUUGAAGUGCACAUUUCACACAAAGUGAGGAAUGAAUUAAUUAACAAUUUAGAACGACCUUCUCUGGACAUUUUCAACAAAGCUGAACAUGAGGUGUUAAAAGUUAUGGAAACUCAAAGUUUUUCUCGUUUUAAAAAAUCAAAUUUAUUUUCAACCUUUACUGAAAGAUUUAAGAAAAAGUAA